AUGGCUACUAAGGUAACUUUGUCUGAGUAUACGCUACGUUUCCAUAAGGAUGCAGUUACAGAUGUUAAAACGGUAGUUGAUCUUACUAAUUUUAAGGUACCUGUGUUGAUUUCAGGUGAUGGUAGUGGAAAACUAGUAAUUUGGAAUGUAAUAACUAGAAGGGUACAAUUCGUAUAUGAGAUUCCAAAAUCACCUCAGAUAUUAGCAAUUGAAUAUUUAGGUGAUUUGUUGGUAGCUGUUCUAUCGAAAGAUCAUAAACUUAGGAUUUUACAAUUGCAACUUGAUGAGUCCAAGACAUUGGUGAAGACUAAUGAGCAAUCUCAAAUACAGCAACAGUUGUAUAAGUAUAAUAUUGUAUUUGAAGUGCCUGUUAAUACAUUGAACUUUGCUAAUUUUUCCCUGGAAAAGAUUGCACCAGAAGAGUAUAGGUUGGUUUGUUGUAACACUCAAAAUGCAGAAUCGAUUGAUAUAUAUGCUUUUAAAUUAAACCGGUUGAAUUCAUUGAAGAGACUUAACAAAGGAAUAAAUUUUUAUAAAACUGUGAUAGAUUUGCUACGUAAUACUGAAAUAUCGAAGUUUGAUAAGCUUGGGAUUGUUAUGAAAUUCCUAAGAGUGAAUGAUCUGGUAUAUUGUGGGUUUGAGAGUGGUAUCAUAAUUUGCUUCAGAUAUAAACUUCGACAAGAAGUAAUGACUACAAAAUAUAAUGAAACGUCCUCUAAACAGAGUAAACUACAAGAACUUAUUAAGUCUGAGGAUACGGAUAUAUCUAUCUAUGAAAAUAUGUUAGAAAUUGUUUAUAUCUCUACAGUUCAUUACCCAAACCCUAUCCUAGAUUUGUCAAUAUCUGCAAAAGAUGAGGAAACUGUUUUAAGCAGUUCAACUGAUUCAAAAAUUGGUAUACAUAAGGCUCAAAUUACGAAUGGAAAUGUUUCACUUCCAGAUAAUGAGGGUUAUAUCAUUGAUGAUUCGAAGCAAGUAAUAGUGAGGAAAACUCUCGGUGCAGAUACAUCGUUUGUUGAAGUUCCAGUGACAGAAAUAGGUAGUAUCAAGAGCUUAAAAUGUGGAAUGGUAUUGGGAGGGUGGAAUGGUAAGGCAAUUGUUGUGGAUAAUAACAAUGAAAUACUUAAAAUAGUUGGUAGAACCAAAAGUAAUAUUUUGGUUAAUGAGUCAGCAAUUAGAAGCAUACAGAAUGAUUCAGAUUCAAUCAUUAAAAUGAAAAAGAAUUAUAAAAUAAAAGCUGUUGAUGGUAUAGAUGGGGUUGGGACUGAUAUUUCCCAAUUAUCUAAUAUCUCAAGAGGUGACCAAAGACGUCUAGAUAAAUUUUUAUCUUCCUCAUGGUGCAUUGUUGGGUUUGAUGAUGGAUGUAUAACAUUAGAUAGUAUUUAG